CAAAGCCGUUCACCCAGCUCGAACUGUGAUUACCCUUAAAUCACCAGGACGAACGCCCCUGACACCUCUUGGACCACUUCACUGAAUCUAAAAAGAACCACGUGGAUCACAUAAAGCUGCACACCAAACCACUCGCCCCGCCAUUCUACGAACCCCACCCCGCCCUACCGGAAUUAGUACAACCACUACGCCCCAUACCGCACAACUUCACCCAGACCUUCACACGCCAUGUCCAACCCAGCAGCAAAGCGCCUCUUUAAAGAAUACAAAUCGCUCUCCUCCGACCCACCAGAAGGCAUAACCGCCGGCCCCGUAACCGAAGAUGACAUGUUCCUGUGGGAAGCGUUAAUCCAAGGGCCAGAAGGCACACCAUUCGAAGGUGGCGUGUUCCCCGCCGAGCUCAAGUUCCCCAAGGACUACCCUCUUGCGCCGCCAAAGAUGAAGUUCUUGACAGACAUGUGGCAUCCCAACGUGUACAACAACGGCGAGGUAUGCAUAUCGAUCCUGCACCCACCCGGCGACGACCCACACCAGUACGAGCAAGCGUCCGAGCGCUGGUCGCCGAUCCAAAGCGUGGAGAAGAUCCUGAUCAGCGUGAUGAGUAUGCUAGCUGAACCGAACGACGAGAGUCCGGCGAAUAUCGAUGCGGCGAAGAUGUGGAGGAAUAAGAGGGAGGAGUAUGAGAAGGUUGUGCGGCAGAACGUUAGGAAGAGUCUGGGGCUGUGAGGAGAGGAGACGCUGGAGCACAACGAAGGUUGGGACAUAAUUUACAAGCAUAGCAUGGGCGGUGUUUGGGCUUUAUAAGAGAUCAAGGUAUGGCGCAGGAUAGAAUUAAGAGAUAUGCAAUGCAUCGCUAUUGAAGGACUAGGGAUAUUUCCAUCACCUGUCCUGCAUUCUGCAUUGAGCGCGGCAUCAAACCACUUCAAUGCCUGAAGUCUCGCCCCAGGCAUUGUACCCAACACCUCGGAAAUUCCACUCCACGCUCUUCUGCUGUGUGUUGCCGCUACCAUCCGUUGCUUUGCUGUAAAUAGUCAAAUCCUUGCCCUUCUCCACCUUGACUCUUGCUUUCCACAAG